GUGAAGGCAAGAUGGCCAGAAGCUGAGCCGACCUCACAGUCACCCAAGCAUGCUGGACGUGGCAUCCCUGAUUGCUGCGAGUCUCGUUGUUGCGCUGGCAGUCGUGUGCCACCGCUUCGGCCGCAACGUGCCGUUUCUGGAAGGCCUUCCGUUCCCAAGCGCGCUCCACGUCCCGUUCGUCGGCGCAGCCAUGCAGCUCUCGACCCUCUCGGGCAUGCGGCGCCUCUUCCGUGAUGCUGCCAAUGCCAACGGCAUCGUCUCGUACCGCAUCAUGGCGCAGCCCAGCGUCGCCGUGACGCGCGCCGACCACGUGCGCCAGGUCGUAAACGCGUCCAGCUACCGUGCGCCCGUGCCUGUCAUUGACAUGCACAUUGAGCGGCUCGUCGGGAAGCGGUCGAUCGUACAGCUCAUGCACAACGAGUGGAAGCUGCAUCGGCGACUCGUCUCGCGGGCCUUCCAGUGGCAGAACCUUGCCAACAUGGUCCCCGCCAUGGCGUCCAUUGCCGAGAGCUUCACGGACAUAUGGCUGCAGGCAAUGACGCCGUCGAUGGACGUGUUUACGCUAUUGAAGCGGUCAGCGCUUGAUACGAUCGGACGCACGGGCUUUGGCUACGACCUGCAAUCGCUACGCGACGUUCACAACCCGAUGGCGACAGCGCUCGCCUUUCUCCUGAGCGAGACCAACCGACGCUGUUUUGACGAGGCGCACAAGCCGCUGAGCCACUUGCACUGGGUGCCGACGCAUGCGAAUCGCCGCUUUGUCAAGGAAGCGACGCUCGCUCGCUCGAUUCUCAGCGAGAUCGUGCAGGCGCGGCUAAACGCCUUGCACACAGGCACAUCGGGUUCGACGUACCCUGAUCUUCUCCAAGCCAUGGUCGACGCCGCCUCCGCCGACAACUCGCCGAUGGACGCCGACACGCUUGCAGACAAUGUGUUUACCUUUGUGCUUGCGGGCUCGGACACGAUCAGCACGAGCAUGGCGUAUGCACUUUACCUCCUCGCGACGCAUCCAGAGGUGCAAGCCAAAGCAGUGGCCGAGAUCGACAAGGUCGUCGGCACGUCGGCGCCCAUCACAUACGAGGCGGUGCAGCAACUGCCGUACGUCUCGGCGGUCCUCACCGAGUCGAUGCGCCUCUUCCCCGCCAGCCCGAUUGUUAUACGCCACCUCGAGGCGCCACUAACGCUCGACGACCAUUGUGUUCCGGCUGGCACGAUCAUGACGAUCCCGAUUUGGUUUGUGAACCGAUCGCCGCUCAACUGGGGCGACGAUGCCGAUGAGUUCAAGCCCGAACGCCAUUUUGAUGACGCGGUCGCACAUGGAAUUGCCGCCAAAGACCGCGCGUUCCGCUUUAUGACCUUCUCGGGUGGCCCACGCAACUGCGUCGGCAUGCGCUUUGCCCAGCUGGAAGCGAUGGUGAUGCUUGUGACAGUCUUGCGUCGGUGUGUCGUCUCGCGUCCGCAUGACGCACCGUGCGUCAUGCCCAACGCCGUCGGCGUCUCCAUCACACCCGAGCAAGGCAUGUGGCUGUCGUUGACACCGCGUACCGACCCGGCGUAGCUCGAAUACCAUCACGAUAUGACGCUAUAACGUAAGUAAGGUGAAGCUCGGUGACAUUACGUCAGCUUGACGCUGGGGCUGUGUAUGCAUGCCGAUGAUGCAGCCUGUAAUUUGGUUUUA